UGUCAGUGACACGUGUCACGCUGUAGGCCGCAACAUAGUAAUUUUUGCAAUUCAUUUCGAUUAAAUUAUAAUUAAGAGCUUUUGCAUUUCAAGAUGUCGAAAAAUCAAAGUGCCGACAAAUCCGAUGGAGAUUCAGGGUCAUCACAAACAAGUAAUUCAGUAGAUUUAAGUGGGGCGGCCGAAGCGGCCGAAAAUGCAAUGAGGUCCGCACAGUUUCAAGUUAAUAAGGAGAAGAAGGCAAACAAAAAAGGAGAUUUUGAAGACAAAUAUUCUAAUGUCAUAGAUAAACUUCUUGCAAAGGAAACCCAGCCAGAGAAAUUGAAGAAGGCUUUGGCUGAAGUCGAUGCCGAAGUAAAGUCUUCGAUGGAUCCUGAACCUGAUAGAACCGAUGAAGGCGAACCUAGCGACGCCCUGGCCGGUCCAUAAUGGUAUGGAGCGUGGCGUGUGUAUGGACUAUGGAGAGACCAGGCUACCAUUGUCCAUUGUUGUGAAUUAAUGUGAAAUCUUUUUCGUAUGCUAGUUUCGUUUGCCAGUUUAGCAUUUGAUUUGAACCCACUUUUUCUAUUUCUUUGGAUUUCCCAUAUAUUUAAGAAACGAGUUUGCCUUUAGCGUGAAAAAUUCCAAUUACGUGUGAGCAUUUGGUUUAUUUAUACUUUUGUCGGUGUAUCACUGUACCCAUAUGUACGUUAUCCGAGAAAUAGAAAUUUGUUAAUUCACAAUUUUAGUUUGCGUCCCAAUAUUUUUUUUACUUGUCAUUGUUUGUGUUGUCGAGUCAGAAGUAUCUGCCCUAUUUUCGAAAGGCAUACAGCGGAGGUCGUGAUUAUAUUUAACUGUUCUUCGUUACCUUCCAGAUAAUUUUCUUUCUCAUUUUUAGUUCGGUAAAGAUAG